AAUUUGUCGAGCGUAAUAUUGCCCCGUGCGUCUGAAAUUACUUUCCUAUGGCCACCACAGUGACCGCGCCCUGAAUAAUUCUGCGAGUAAGUCGUUCCACGGUGCCCUCGUGUGAGUCGUUCGAAACGGCCAUUACGAAAUCAACGGACCUGUCUAGCACGUUUUGUGCAGGGCCAUUGUUUUUCUUUUUUUUUCUUUUCCGAAGUCCUCCGGGGCACAUAUCGGUUGCCGCUGUUACAAUGCGGGGUGUCGUCUGCUAUCCAGGAGCCCUCGGCGUUAUAUUUAGAACGACUCGGCGUAACGUCUGAUGUCACAUUUUUCCUUUUCCGUCGUUUUUGUCCUUUUUACGUCGCCGUUAUGCGGGCAUAAACGUAUGCGUAACACGUACAGAUCGACGCACGGCAGCUUGCUCGGCACCGCUAAAGCGUGAAGUUAACGGCCCCGUGGAACAUUCCGUUUUACUCUGUUAUAUUUCUUUCUGUGUGCUUCUGUCGUCGCUGCGUGGACAAUUAUUUGCCGCGGCGCAGCAGAUAUGAGCGCUCCGAUCCAUCACACUCAUCACGAACAAUGGCACCGAUUUUGCUCGCGGAUUACGGCGAACUGGGGCGCGUUUCCCAGGAAAAGCGCCGCCAGCGCCGCCCGGCGGUGGCGAGGAUUUCGAAACAGACGGCGCGCGGCGCCCACACACCCGCUCACUCGUCGUCUGCCGCUUCCGUGGAACAGAUAGGGAGAGUCGUCGCCGUCUGCUCGGGGGCUGCGAGUAGCAGACGACGCGCUUUCGACGCUCGUUUGUCGAGGAAAUCUUGCGCGCGCUCUUGUACACUCAUCUAAGUGUGGUUCGUCUUCGUUGUGGCGUGUAUGUGUGCGUGCACCGAUGCCUUGCGCGGACUACGGUAGGAUAUGCUGCCAAGCUUCUACCACCGUCGCUGCUGGCUCCCUCAGCCGCGAUGCGAAACGGAAGUGUGAUGUCGCAUUCGCGACAGAAGCGGUGAUGACGAGCGGAUUGCCGGUGAUGGUGGUCGGUGGCCGGACGGCGAUCGCCGCGCCCGUGUCCUGCGCCCGCGCCGCGAGCUGCGCCUCGCCCUGCUGCUGCUGCUGCCCUGACCUGGUGUGGUCGCCGCUGUCCGGCGGCGGCAUGUGGUCGGCUCAACUUCGGUCGCCGCCGCCGCACGCCGCCGCGUCGUUGCCGCCCCAGUCGGCCACCGCGCACGGCUGUGCGGCGCUGCCCGACAAGCAGGCGCUCUUCCUGGUCGCCUUCCCGAUCUGUGCCUCCUCCAACGGCUCCUCCCAAGCGUCCCCCCAACUCCACCCAGCGGCGGCGACGACGUCGCCCUGCUGCUGCCGGUGCUGCUGCAAGUCCAGCUGGAGCGCCAAGCCGGCCUCGACGACGACGGCGCCCUGCUGGACCACGCAGCAGGACGCCUCCUCGCCCGCCGGAAGGAACGCCUUCCUGCCGCCCAAGGAGGAAGAAGGGAAGCCUUCUUCCGGCCUCCUGGAAGACCGCCUCAUGGAAGCCCCGCCGCCGCCUUCCCCUCCUCCUCCCCCUACGAACGCUCAGCAGCAGCGCUACGGCAACCAGCCUCCUCACCUUUCCCCACCUCCCGGUGCACCAGCGGGAGCGGCGAGCGACGUCGACCUGAGCCGCGUCCGGGACGCCCUGCGGACGCUUCGCACCAGCGGCUACUACUACGAGGGCCUGUCCUGGGAGGAGGCCGGCCGGUUCCUGCGCGGACGGCCCGUGGGCACGUUCCUGGUGCGCGACAGCUCGGACAACCGGUUCCUCUUCGCCCUGAGCGUGCAGACGGAGCGGGGCCCGACCAGCGUGCGCAUCCACUACUGGCGCGGCCAGUUCCGGCUGGACUGCGAGGACGCGCUGGCGGGCAGCAUGCCGUGGUUCUCGUGCGUCGUGUCGCUCGUGGAGCACUACGUGCGGCUCAGCCGCUCGGCCAAGGGACAGAUGUGCGUGUGGUUGGACGGUCACGGCCGCCGGGACUUGCCCAUCGUGCUGACGAGGCCGCUGUACCGGGAGCCGGCGUCGCUCCAGCACCUGUGCCGCAUCGCGCUCAACCGGAGCGCGGGCGCGGUGACCGCGGCGUCCUCCGAGUGCAGGGACGUGGAGCCGCUUCCGGCGGCGCUAAAGGACUACCUCAGGGACUACCCCCACCUACACUGACCAAAGCGUUACAUGAGCCCCCCACCUCUACCCCCCCCCCCUCCUGUUUCUUGUGGCGGGGUUUGUGAAUUCUUCAUCCCAAACCCGGGGCACCCUUGUGUGGCCCUGUUCUGGUCCGGCUGCGGCGGCGGUAGUGUGGUGGGGGUACGAGGAUUGUGCUUCGUCACCGCGACUGGGCCCCACCCACGAGUCGCAGUUCCUACACGUGUCGUGAAGAAAUUAGCCAGCUUGUAGAGUCACUGGAUGAUGACUUCUGCGCAGCGCCUUGCUGUUUGCUUUCUGUUCUGCUUCCGCAUUUUUUUUAAAUAUAUAGUGCUGCUUACGGUCACCAAGUACAAAAAUAACAAAACAAACAAACAAUGUAAUCAGACUUGGCAGAGCACAGACUUCCUGUUGAAAGCCUGUCGUCGCGCCUUGUCCUAUUUGAUUCUUCACAUGGUUGUUCUUUGUACCUGCUGUCCGAUCAUGAACCGAACGUUCGAGUUCUCUGGGACGCUGUUUCAUGCUGUUUCAUCAAACUGUUUCACACAGAGGAGUGAAAAAUACGGCCUUGAGAUAAAAUCUGCACAACAGUAUUUAGCUUCACAAUUAGCACAACAUUUUUUAAAGGCUUUAGCAAAAUCGUUCGGUCACGUGAGCCGUGUCGCUCACUAUGUAUUUCAGUAGCAGCGGCUGUAAAGUCUCACCUCAGUUUCUAAUUACCCUCAAGCUCAAGACGUCUGUCUAUAUCGGUGCUCUUUCGAUAGGGAACCCGAUCGAUGUGGUGCUAAUAAUACCUAACGUACCAGGUUAUACUGCAGGGUUUUACGGGACUGCUCCAAUGUCCACGCAUCGCCGUGAAAUGCGUUUACCGUUUCAGGCUCUUUUCACUCGGGUCUCUUGCGUGCCUUUGCGGAAGCUUCAAUUUUGGCAGCGUUCUCCUUGCAAUUUAUUAUUGCACUAGCGAGGAUAACAAACUUUAUCUUUUGUUUUCGGUUCAGCCGUGUAGUUAAUGCUUGCGUCCGGUUGUAGCCGUUGGUGCAUUGAAUAUUUCCGGUGCCAGAUGAUGAUAAAGUGUGUACGAGGCUGUCGUGUAUAUCUGUUACCCCUGAAUUUUGGCCGAAGGCCGUUUUCAUUUUUUUAAAUAUUAUUACUGAACCUUGACUUGCGUCUGUACCAUGUCAAAAAGUGCUUGCUUACGACAUUUGGGAAGUGUCUGUGGAAAGCAGCUCCAUUUUCUUUUGGAAUUCUCGCACUGGCUUGCUUUCUGCGGGAUUCAAAAUUAGGCUUUUCGGUGUAUCUGUCUGGGCCGCUGUCUUUUGUAUACUCACGGAUAUCAAGAGAAAGAAAUGAGUGCGCGAGAUUAAAAUGUAUUCCUUUAGAAGGGAGCCGCAAUAUCGUCUGCUUUUAAAUGGAUGCCGCUGUGUCGCUCGUAAUCAGCGUUGAGAAAUGAAAUUUGAAAGUGAAAACGGGUACAGUAUAUAUAAGGGGCACGCUUAACAUUUUUAAGUUGCUCGCUAGUGCUAGCGUUUUCUUACGCGAGCAAUAUAUUUUUUUGCGUUACGCAUCGCUGAUCCUCGUCAGACGUAGAAACCGUCUGCCUGCGCUGUCACAGAAAACGAUGGCAUUCAAGCGUUCAAACGAUGGCAGACGAUGUCAUUCAAGCGUUCAUCGAAACCGAGUUCACGUCGCAGACGUGUGGGGUUUCCGAUUUGCAGACGAUUUUGUGGCAUUCCGAGUAGCAGACGACCUUGUGGACCCCCCGAGUAGCAGAUGAUUUUUGCGCCGUAGCGAGUAACCGAGAUAUUUUGUGCUGUAAGCAAAGGUGUACCACAGCUCAUUAAUCGCAUCAGUUGCACAACUCGCCUCUAAAGUCUCCUGUGACUAUUUUUUUUUUAGACAAGUACAUAGCCGAUGAGUCGAAAAUCAAAUUGAGCGUGCCACUGCUCGGGUAUGUUCUAGUUCAUCUCGCCUGCCGCCAGGUUGGGCGGCAAAUUCCAAAAAUCUGACCCACUCUGUUAGGUGUACCCCUGUUUCUGAAACGCACAGUCGAUUAAGAGUUUCGCAACUGGCGUGGUUAAGGGGCGCUUUUUCAUGCACAAAUGUUAGCCGGAAAAAAAAAAAAAAUGUGUGCGACACGUGACCGAUCACAUGAUUGUGAACUGUUGGUUCUUUUAAAAGGCGCGUCGGCUUUUAUCCAGUGACUCUACGAGCAUACAAAGAAGAAACCGCGUUUUACUGUUCAGGUGCCUUCUGGGACCAAGAUGGCGGCUAUGUUUGUCUGUGUGUGUCGUACGCGCGCUACCGCCAUCUGUCGGGUAACCCGCACACGUCUUCCCGGCGUCCCAAGUGUUCACAAGAAGGGAAAACGAAAGUGUCGGCGGUUUCCACGAUUGUGCGGUGUUGUGACGCUUUUCUUACCUGCGUUUUUUUUUCUUCUUCUCUAAAAUGCGUCGCUGCCUUAUUCGCGGCCGCGCGGUAUUUUUGUACAAGCGGCCCGUAUCUUCCUCGUGAAGUCGUAAAUUUGUGCGCGGGCCAAGCCGCUGCGGGUGACGUGUAAGCACGCGUCGCUCAAAAGAGCCCACGAACGGGGCUUUUGUGAAAGCGAGCAAGGUUCGUGGCGUGCCGUCGUUUUGGCCGGGAAGCUAUGAUUUGUGGCGAGGAUAGGCGCCGGAUUCGCUCUUUCGUGUCGCUCCUGCAAUAUCCGGUCGUCUUGCAGAAGUUAACCGACAUCUGCGCCCUCUGCCAGCGGAGUGUGUUAUCAAAUGACCUGUUUGUUAGCUUGCCGAGCUGCCCACAGGUGACGUGACUAGAGGUGAAUCUAGGCAAAAAGCAAAAAAAAAAAAAGAA